UCAUCAAACUCCGAGGAGCCAACGCGAAAGCGAAGACGCAGUCGAAAAGGUCUCGAGAAGAGAUUCGAAUGCAGCGCCGAGGGCUGUGGGAAGAGCUAUUCAAGAGCAGAGCAUUUAUACCGGCAUCAGCUUAAUCAUAAUUCUAAACAGAUUUUUCACUGCGAGUAUCCAGACUGUCCGCGGACUUUUGUUCGAGGCGACUUGCUGAAGCGUCACAUGGAUCGACAUACGGCCAAGGGCUCACAGCUAAACAGAAGAGACUCCAUGGCCAGCCAUGCGGCAUCUGCCACUUCUCCCAAACUUGUGCCUGCUGAUUCAAAUCGCCAAGGGCCUGGUCAUCCUAUGCCCGCGUCUGUGCCUGUGUCUGCAUAUAACGAUCCCAGACCACCCCCACUAACACAUCACUAUCAUCCCUCUCCUCAAGAACCUCCAGGGGACCCCUAUCCGCUUAUAAACAAUGUCGGCCCUCCUCUCUUUGCUGGUAGCGCAUCGUCUGUUGGACAUGAUGCUUUUGCGCGUGAUCCCAUCGUACAUGGCGCGGCACCUCCUCGCAGGAUACCUUCUGGCCCGGGUCCUUCUCACGGGCCGCCGAGCCGGCCAUCAAUCCAAACCAAUCUCGGGCCCUAUGGUGUGAUAUCGCCAGCGUCUAGCCAGCAAGGUUACCACAGCCAGUCCAGUAGCACCCCGCAAACCGCUGGUUUUAUUCCUCAGCACAAUGUUCUCCCAUUGAGCUUGCCGCCAGCACAAUAUUCUCACUUACAGACCGCCCCAGCGCCGAGAGAUGGAGCAGUGCCUCAUACAGCGACGACGGCGUCAGCACAGUACUCUGACGCUCACCACUCUCACCCCAACGAAAUGAUGAUACUCGACCACAUGGAAAUGUCAAGCAGUGGCCCAGUUUUUGCUGACGAUGGCGUCAACAAGUCUCCAUACGUGGGAAUGCCCGAGGACUUUAUGGCCUACCUCUUCAACUCUCUACCGCAGAAUGGCUCCCCCCAUCCACAAGCGCUGCCACCCCCUCUUCUAAGCUACGGCGAUUCACCAGAUGGCAAUCAUGGAGAUCACUAUUUGGAUCAUUCAACUGUGGGAUUCUUUCCUUCUGACCCGCAAGAUGUCAUGGCCGUUAAUAACCUCUUGGAGCAGCAUGCCCCAGAGGCAAGUAUUACCGAGGAGCGCAGCCAGGAGAUCUACGAUUUGAUCAGUGAGCGAUUCAAAGAGGACGACGAAGAUUUAUCCGCGAGGCAGCGACGUAUCAGCAUUUUGAGUGGCGAUCGCUCUUCCGGAGAACACAUGUUGAGCAGAAGGAUGAUGCAGGCUUACGUCGGUUCCUAUUGGUACCACUUUAGCGAUCAAAUGCCAAUCUUGCACAAGCCGACAUUUGCUACGGAAAAGACGCCCAAUUUGUUGCUCAUUGCCAUCAUGGCAAUUGGCGCUGCUUGCUUGGAUAGGACUCAUGGGACUAAAGUGACAAUGGCUGGAGCUGAAGUAUCUAAUUUCCUAGCCGAGCAUCUUCGAUGGGAAGUGUUUAUGGAACGUAGUUUUCGACCUCCGGCCAAACUCUGGGUUUUCCAGACGCUGAUCCUACUCGAGCUUUACGAAAAGAUGUAUUCGACGAGAGAGCUUCAUGAGCGUGCUCAUAUUCAUCACGCUACCACGGUGACGUUGAUGAGGAGAGGGCGGUCUCUUAUUGGGAAAUCGACAUUGGAUUCACCCCCACAACAUGGCUCGGAUGGAUCGCGAAAAUCUUCGGCUUCUGGCAUAGCUCAUACAGCAGACGAAUGGUGGAACCAUUGGAUCACAAACGAGGCAACUCGGAGAGCUGCUUUUGCCGCCUUCAUCAUAGACUCUACUCAUGCCACCAUGUUUGGCCAUUCAGCGGUCAUGGUGGCGCAUGAGAUGAGAUUAACACUGCCUUGCGAUGAGUCCCUAUGGAGGGCCGCGAGCAGCGCAGAAGUAGGCCGAGUCGAAGCUAACCUCAUGUCCCGAGGCAUCAAGCCCGUCACCUUUCUCGAAGGUUUGAAGCGCACUUUGAGCCAUCAAGAUGUGCGGACGACGCCAUUUGGCCGGUCAGUUCUCAUGGCAGGACUUCUCAGUGUCACAUAUCAUAUGCACCAACGCGAUCUUCAGGUCAAUGUCCUCGGAGGAGGUGUCAUCCAAGCCCUGGGCGGACGAGACAAGUGGCGGGCAACUCUGACUAGAGCAUACGAUUCGUGGAAAUCGAAUUUUGACAGGGCACUGGAGCUAAAUGACUCUGACCCUUACAGACUAGAAAUGCAGCAGCAAGAUUUCAACGUCGUGUUUGAAAGCCGUACAGUUCUGCAUCAUUUGGCUCACAUGGCUAUGCAUGCGGAUAUUGUGGAUUGUCAGAUGUUCGCCCGCGCAAAGCGACUGCUUGGUCGUUCUAUUGGACGCCAAGAAUUUCUCAGCGCACAGAGGAGAAUCAAGGAAUACUGGGCCCCGUCUGCAAGGGCUCGCGAUGCCACUUAUUACGCGCUCAAGUUUCUCUUGUCGGUUCUCGUACCCGACCAAGCAGGCCCUCCGUAUUCAACUAGCCCUGAUCAUGAUAAGCCAUACGAGACACGCGAUGAUGUGCUCUUGAAUCGACCUUGGGUACUCUACUUUGCGGCGCUCGUCGUCUGGUGCUACGGAUAUGCUGUGGAGGGACCUUUCUUGACUGGAUCGACGCCGGUGGGACAUGAAGAACAAUGGCAGCAAAUGAGAGCGUACCUUACAAAAUAUGGCGGAGUCACUGAUCCGAAUGAGCUACGAAACAUGAGGGGUAUCAACGGCAACACGGCGUUACUCAUGGUGCUAAAGGAUACCUUUGACAAUUCUCGAUGGGAGCUAUUGCAUGAAGGAGCGAAUCUUUUGCAUAACUGCAUUGUGCUGAACUCUGGC